CCAGGAUGACAAAUUCGAAUCUUUAUCAGUUUUCAAAUCAUGCGUGUGUAACCUUUUAUCAGAUAGCAUAUGCAUGUCAAAAGCUGAAAAGAAGUCAAUAGCUGAAAUAUAUCUUAAAAAUAAAGCUCCUGAUAUUUCAGAUUGUUAUGAUUUAUAUGAUUGCUUCCCACUUUUAUGUAAAUUGUACCAAGAAAAUCCUUCACCGAAUAUUACAGAUUUCUUCAAUAAGCCCUUUUCAGUUUAUGAAGCAGAGAUUGACAAGCUACAGAAAAAAGGAUUUUCCAGUAAAUACUGUGCCUUGGCUUUAUGUGUUAUGUUUAACAACCAUAUGAAGGAAGAAACGUUAACAGAAGAGGUGAAUGAAGAAACAAGAGCUAUCAUUGAGAACACAUGUGAGGCAUGUAAACUGGACAGAGGAACAUCAAGGCUAAAAUUACAGGACGAACUUAACUCAUUGAUACAGACAUUUCUGAAAAAGGAACAAAACAUUUACAGAACCAUUCAUGAUAAAAUAUUUGACUUUCUUGUGUACUACUUUGGACAGAAAAUAAUCCAGUGCUUGAUAAAAAAUGCACAUAUUAGUUUAAUCAGGGAAAGAUUUAUGUUAAAAUACCAAGACAAUGUGGAUCAGUUUAUAUCAAUUGUGCCUCCUAAGUUUCAUCAAAUGUACAUACAAAGAAUGAUGGAUGACUGGUCAAAGGGUAAAGUCAGGGAAGUGGUUUUAAACAAGAAUAUGAGGACACCUCAGUUCAGACAGAGAUUUCUCUGUUAUUUAAAUGGACUGAACACAUCUUAUCAGAGACAAUUAGCACACACAUGUGAUGCACGUUACAAUGAAACGAUACUAUUACUAUUAUGUGUUCUUGGUGAUAUUCCUAUGAUUUCUUGGUGUUUAAAUCAUGGUGCAAAUUAUAAUAAAUGUAACAGUAAUGGUUGGUCACCUGUAAUGAGUGCUUGUAGAUAUGGACAUACAGAAAUAGUAAAGAUGUUAUUAGACACAGGAGCAGAUUAUAAUACAUGUGACAGUGAUGGUUGGUCACCUGUAAUGCAUGCUUGUAGAUAUGGACAUACACAAAUAGUACGGAUGUUGUUAGACACUAGAGCAAAUUAUAAUAAAUGUAACAGUAAGGGUUUGUCACCUGUUAUGAGUGCUUGUAGAUAUGGACAUACACAGAUAGUAAAGAUGUUGUUAGACACAGGAGCAGAUUAUGAUAAAUGUAACAGUGAUGGUUGGUCACCU